AUGGAUUUGAACCAAAUGUUCGGAGAGGUGUUCAACUUGGUAGCAUACCCAUUCGCACCAGUAGUAGGAUAUACAGCGUCACACACUGGAACACUGGCAACCAAUUCAAAGACUCAGGCCUCUUUCGUAAUAGUCCUCGUAAUCAUCCAAAUCAACUAUCUAAACACAGCCCUCCACCACUUCACCACCUCCGUCGUAACACCCGUAUAUAACUUAUCCUUCACAACCAUGACCCUCGUAUCCUCAUCCAUCUUACACAACGGCUUCACCCCAGAAGGUGUCGUAUCAUGUGUCACGCUUGUAGUUGGAUGGUUUCAGUCGGAUCGCUCGUUGGGUGAUAGUGGGGUUGAGGAUGCUGGUGUUAUUGAAAGUCAGGAUACGGCGGUAAACGAGAUUUCGAUUGCUGGUCAUGCUAAAACUAGUAACGUCUCUGUGGAAGCAGACCACAUAUCCCACACAGACGUCAUUAACAGACAUAAGAGGAGGAUGAUUUUGAUGCAGCGGUCCCCUCACCAGCAGGCUUCAAAAUCCCUCCACGCUCCUCCCUCCACAGAUUCCUUCACCACCAGCACACCCUUGACAACCCACCCUCAACAGCCCUCUCUGCGCAAAAGCUCAUCCCCACCAGCGCCAUCAACAACAUAUGCUCCACAGCGCCAGCACUCGACACCAGCAGUCUCAUUUGACACUGGAAUAUGGACUCCAGGUCUCAACAGAAGCCGCUUAGACGGCCAUAUGCUGCAUCAGGAGGUUGAGAGAGCCCCACAUGUUGCGGGACCAGUGAAUACUAAUAUUAUACUAGUUACUACAGCUACUACAUCCACUGCUUCAUCAUCUGGUGACUCGACGUACUCGUAG